GAAGAGAGUCAACGCUCGGCGAAGUGUAAACGGCGAAGGACCCCGACGUGCGGCCACAGCCCCCUUGACGAUCGCCGUGAGCGAGCCGUGAAUGUUUUCGUUCACGUCGCGAACGACGACGCCUCGGCGAACGCUGAUGACGUCGCCGUCAGGAAGAGGGCCCCCGCCAUGCGCACGCGGCCACGCGAUCGCGAAAUCUUCGGCUGCACGAGGAGGAGGAGGAUGAGGAUGGGGAAUCCGAUGAGCUGUGAAGCUCUUCCCCUCCCCCCACCCCUACAGAUGUUACCAGUUAAGGUUCAUGGCGUUUUUGGUUGGACGAGGGGGGUAAGAAUGUUAGAACAACAAACGAGUGCAAAGUACACGAAAGGCAAACAAAUCGAUCCAAUAAUACAUACAAAUAUAAUAUAGGGGUAUUUUGGGGGGGUUAAAUAUUUACGCGAUCUAACCCAAAAAACUUAUGGAUCUUUUUCCCAUCUUGACACUGGCAAUAAGGGUCCCAUAGAAUGUGACAUUGUGCAUUUACAGCUCCGUUGGGUCGUGGUGGACGCUCUUUGACCAUACCUCACCAUGCUGGUGAGUCACUAACUUUUGUAAAGUCGGGGGGCCCAUAGGAGUGCAGUUCAAUAAUAAUGUUUGCUGCACUCCCACUGCCUUGGCUGCCCAUGGCGUAGCUGCUUUGAGUUGUGUAUGCCAUAUCACCCGUCCAAGCAAUAACCAGACUCAUUCCUACUUCCGAAACCGAGAACAUUUUAGGUGAUAUGAUAUAGAAUAUUCUUUUUAAAAAAAUGCCAAUUGACUCUUUACAGGACUUCAGCUUUUAUCUCUUGAGAAUAUGCCAAGCCCACAUCUCGUGCCCUCUCUAGAAUUUUCUGAGGCUUCUCUCCGUUUAACCUGCUCGGAGAACUUCCUCAUGACCUCUGCAACACUCGCCGAUUUUUCUACAUUAGGAUCUGUAUAUGAUCUGCUUCCUAAAGAGCUGCAGCUACCCAGUAGCCCGGCUCCUGCUCCGUCGAGCCAGCCCCGAGAAGCGGGGAGCGGCAUGGAGCCCAUGGCUGCGCUGACUGCUGAUGUCCCAUGCAGCAGCAGCAGCAGCGGUGCCGGCCGGCAAAGCAGCACUUCAGCUCAGCCGCCGGCACUCGCGGCCCCGGGUCCCCCCGCCAACGAGCCCGGCGCCAUUACCCCAGUAGCUAGCUCCGCUUGCCAAGCACAUGCGACCGCUGCGGUAAGUAGCCCCCUGGUAAGUGGCCCGCUCAGCCCCGAGCAACCAUUCGCUAAUGCCCCGCAGCUGGCCGCGUCGUCGGCCGCGGCCGCCGGCGCCGCCACCGCCACGCCAAAACGGCGCUCGGGCACGGCCCCGCCGCUCGUGCAGCCGCCCCCCAAGGACCUGCUCGACGACGCUAGCUUCAUGUCUUGCGAGGAAGCGCCUGGCUGGGACGCCGCCGGCGUCGGGGAGGGACUCGAGCCCGCCGGCGGCGGCGGGCCCGCGACAUCGGAGCUCAGUGGCAGCCUGUGGACUGAGGACUCGUGCUCCAACUUCAGCACGCUGAGCGCGGGCAGCGCCGGUCACAGUAGCUGCAGCGGCGCAGACUCGGCGGGACCGCGCAAGGCGCGCAAGGUGUCGUCCCGCCAGCACCCUGGUUCGUCGCCACCGGCGCCCAGUGACGAAGCGUCCAGCGCCGCAGCCGCCACCACAGCCAUGGAGAUGGUGUUUGACGCGGACAGCGCCAACGGACCGCACUACGUUCUCUCUCAGCUGGCUGCAGGGGGCGGGGACGGACAGGCCAGUCCUAAGGCCGGAGCUUUCGGCAACAACAGUGCAGGCACCGUGAAGGGUGGCGGCCGUGAGGUGACCUCCCCGGGCAAGGCUGCGUCGCUCAGCGGUCAGUUCCCCAGCAAAGCCGACAGCAUGGAGCUCAAGAUCCUGGUGCAACCGGAGAGCCAGCACCGUGCUCGCUAUCUCACCGAGGGUAGCCGCGGGUCGGUGAAGGACAGCACGCAGCAAGGAUUCCCCACUGUCAAGCUGGAGAGCUACAAGGAGCCAGUGACGCUGCAGGUGUUUGUGGGAACGGACUCAGGGCGGGUGAAGCCGCACGGAUUCUACCAGGCGUGCCGCGUCACGGGGCGCAACACCACCUUCUGCAGCGAGCUGGAGGUGGAGGGCACCACUGUCAUCGAGGUCACCAUGGACCCAGCCAAUGACAUGACUCUGCCCGUGGACUGUGUCGGCAUCUUGAAGCUGCGCAAUGCAGACGUGGAGGCUCGCAUCGGUCCCGUGCGCUCCAAGAAGAAAAGCACGCGCGUGCGCCUCGUGUUCCGCGUCACCAUCCCGCGGCCCGAUGGGCCGGCCCUCACCCUGCAGGCCUGCUCCACGCCCAUCCUGUGCACUCAGCCAGCAGGAACUCCAGAGAUCUUGAAAAAGAGCCUACACAGUUGCUCACCACAAGGGGGUGAGGAGCUCUUUAUCAUCGGCAAGAACUUUCUCAAAGGUGUGAAGGUCAUCUUCCAGGAGACUGCAGCAGAAGGACAAGUUGUGUGGGAGGCAGAAGCAGAGAUUGAUAUGGAGUUUUAUCACCAGAACCACCUUAUAGUGAAAGUACCGCCGUACUGCGACCCCGACAUCGCCAGUCCUGUGUCUGUGGGGAUUUUUGUUAACAGCAGCGCAGGGCGGUCGCAUGAGGUGCAGCCGUUCACGUACACACCCGACACAGUCACGGUGCCUGCAAAAGCGAAAAGCAUAAAAAGUGAGGAGUCGUCACAGUGCGCCUUCGAAGAGCCUUUACAAACAUCGGUGGCGUGCCAGUGCGUCACGUUGGCCCUCAAGCCGGGCAGCUGCGACGCGCCGGACGGGGUGCUCCUGUCCAAGUUGGACGACGUUGCCCUGAUGGAGGUGUCCAACAGCAGCCCCCUGCCCCAACAGCCCGGCGGGGAGGUUAGUGUUACGUGCAAGAUGUCUCCAAAACAGGAGGAUAUGAAACAGCCGUGCUUCUGUUUGUCACCGACGCAACUUGGAUCCCCUGCACAGCUUUCUGCCAUGAGCCAGUUCAAACCCGAGCCAAGCGACAUAGCAGUUGCUCUUCUUUCUGCCCACGGAGGUCUCUCACCACAGCAGCAGCAACAACCGCAGAGCCAGCCAGUUCAGGCUCCAAAUUUUACCCCCCAAACCUUAAUUGUACAAGUGCAGAGCCAGGAGAGCAGUCUACAACAACAACAACAGGGCCUCUUGCAAGUUGCAGCUGCACUGCAAAACCCAUCGAUGGAGCAAGUCGUUUUUCAGACGGCAGGAGAACCCAUGGCGCAGCAAUCAUCUGUGGCUCCUCGCAUUGAGGCGCAAGCAGAAAACGAUUCUGCAGGCAGCCAAGUGCCCGUGAGCAUCAUGGAUGGAAUCUUGUCUGCUGGCGAGCCGAUGGUGCCCAUUACCGUGCAGUUGCACUUGAUGCAGCAGGGCUCUCAGCCUCCUUCUCAACAGCCUCCUCCUCAGCAGCAGCAGCAGUCACCCCAACAGAUGUUUCAGAUUGCACCGCAGACCAACGCUCAGGUGGAAGAGGGGAUGGCCGUGAGCCACCCACGUCCCGAGCAGCACGUGCCGCAGCAGCAGCAGCAGCUGUGCGAGGUGACGGCGGCGCCGCCGCAGUUGACGCUGAUGCAGUCCUCGGGGUCGAACGCGAACCCCCCGUCGUCGCCGCUGCUGCGCUGCGAGGGCGUGAAUCUGCACAGACAGCCGAGCAGCAUGUGCUCCGAGGACCUGGACACGGUGAACAUGGUGAUCGAGAUGCAGCAGGCGCUGGAGGAGAGGUCGCAUGGCGGCGGCACCAUCUUCCAACCCCAGGAGGCCAUGGAUGUGCAGCAAGCGGCCCACAAGAGGCCCCAUGUUGACAUGAAACCCGAGCUGUUUCACCAGGAUCAAAAUCCAGCCAAGUCCUCGCAUUUCAUGACGCACAAUGAAAUGAUGCAGUACACAACACAGAGUGUUCCACAGGGUCCAAUUCAGACUGGCGUCUAUCAGCAGACUCCAGCCGAAGUGGUGGAGCAGGUUAUUGCUGAUGCCAACAGGCAGAUCCAGGCUGAAAUGAUCCAAAUAAUUGCGUCGGGCCAGAGCAGCAGCCAAUGCUCCGAUUCCAACACUUUUAACCUCAUGGAGAUGCGGUCGGACGCCACCUCGGAGACGCAUGGGUUUCAGUCGAGUGCUCCCAUGCUGCAGCAGUGCACAGGGAGUGGUAUUUCCAAUAUGUUUCAGUCCAACUUGGACAUGAUGCAGGUGCACGAGCAGUGCCAGCCAGUCGACAUGGUUCAAGGUGCUGUGUGCGACUUGAACAAACAUUCCAAUGAGAGUCCUCAGCCGACGAAUCCCUUUCAGGUCACUCAGGCAUCCAGCAGUUCCAGCCAGGCAGACUUCUUUCAGGCCGCCGUGAACAUCGUUUCUUCUCAGCCGAGCAGUGGGACCCAAAUGAGCAGCAUGUACCACACCAAUGAAAUGCUUUCUCAGAUAAACAAGGAGCUUGAGAUCUUGAAUUCAUCCCAGGCUGACGGAGGUAUAACGCAACAAAACGGAAGCUUGGAGCAGGCUGUAUUCCAAGGCAGUGUAGCGCCAUGCGAAAGCUCCCAGCAGUCAGAUCUGUAUCAGGUGGAGGGCUCCAUGUCAUCCAUGAAGGUUGACUCUGGAAUGCAGAUAUCUGCCCAAAAUGAAAACCUAGGCCUCAUUACUUCACAGCCACCAAAAACAAAUUCACAAACAAGCCUUUUCCAAACCACUGGAGACUUAUCUCAGCAGCCCAGCUUGUUUCAGCCCUCAGGAAUUGUGCAACACAGCGGCAACACUCAACAGUUCAGCUUACUGGUGGUCGGAGACAGCAUCUCGACUGAGGGAAAGAACGAAAUUGAGAUGUCAAGCCAACCACAAGCCAUUGGACAGCUCAUAUCCAGUCACCCCAAUGUAAACGCAGUACAGCCCGGCCUCUUUCAGACCAAUGGUGGCAUUAUGGCCAUGCAGACCAACGUAAUGUCUCAGCAACCUACGUUGUUAUUUUCGACAGGAAAUAUUCUACCUUCCCAGCCGAACAUCAACAUUCACAUGUCCAACGCACCACCGCAGACCAUAAUAGAAAUGCUGCCGGCGCAGCAGGGCAAUGCUCAGACUCGACAGCCUGGCCUCUUUCAGGCGUCCGUGACGCCGGUCGCAGGUGGUAACCAACCGCCCGCCAGCCUGCCAGGCGAUGGCAUUAUGUCUGUGGCAGGGCAUGGCUCGGUCGUACCGAUGGCCGCCGGAGAGAUGUUGCCAUCGCAAGUGCCGGAGAACCCUCCUCGGCAAGCCACGAUAUUCUCCGGGUUCCAGGGAGAGCCAGGGGGGGGCCUGGUGGCAUCGCAGGCGUCGGCCCAGGCACCCAACGCGGCCGUCAUGACGUCUCAGCAAAAUCAGCAGGCGGUCACUCUGCAACAGCCGGACCUGUUUCUGUUCGUGGACAUGGACACUGUUGGUCAGAGCCAGCCCUUGGGUAGCGGCGGGGAGCCCAUGCAGCUUGGCUUGGGUGCUCUGCCAGCCUCCCACCUCCUGCAGGCGUCUGGGUCUUUGGGCGGCGGCGGGAGCGGCAGCAGCGCCGUGGGCGACGCCGCCGGUAGCGUAGCCGGUGCCGCCCCAGGCUCCUUGGCGCCUGCGAGUGGACACGUCGCGUCGGGUGGCAGGAUGCAGGCCGCUGUCGCCGCCUGCGUCACAGAUCCCAUGGCCGGCCUCACCUUGGACCAGAACAUGGAGCGCAUCGAAGAGCUGCUCGUGUCGUUACAGGCACGGCGCGACGACGACCACCACCACCAGGACCACGAUGUCAGUAUGCAGGAAUGAACAUACGACCACCAUUCCGAGUGAGUGAUGGAUUUCUGCCCAAGGCAACAACAAAAGGCACUUCUGCACGGCUUAACCAUGGCUGUACAAGCUAAAAGUGGUAGUAUGGAUUUUAGUGAAUCUGGUCUCAGUUGUUGACGUUAGUCGUGUGUGUGUGUCAACGUGCUCUGGUGUAUUGGAGUGGUAGCUGAUUGUGUCUUACGUGGACAAAAUAAGCUUUUAACACUGUGAUUCAAUGUUUGUACGUGGUCGUGAUGUGUCCGCGUCUUAGUCGGCAGCUCUUUGUUACACGCUGAAAUGGCCUUUCACAGACCGUGUAGGUGCGUCUAGUGGUCGCUUGGGCCCUGUUAUCCUCCCCCCUCAUUGGCUUUUUCGUUUGGUUUGUAUUACAUACGCUUCCCGCACUUUACACAUUAUUGCUGCUGUGAUUUCAGGCCAACGGAUGAUGUCUGUGAUGCUUAAUUACAUACAGUUGCCGAACUUUAGUGUGUGUGCGCGCGUGUGCAAUGACAUUUAUUAUGCCUGUCCCCUUGUGGGGGGUUGUUAUUUUCUCUCUCAUUACAAUGUUGUUUAUAGCAUCAGCUGUGAAUUUCACUUCCGAAGUAAACCUGUUGAGACCGCGGUUUUUUGCUGUUACCAGUCAGUAUGCGUUUUUAACUUUAGAGUUUUUUUGGAGCCCCAUUGAGGUAUACGUGACUGACGUGUCUGUCUGUCUACUCUACGAGCUUAUCUGGUGGGGGGGGGGGGGGUUGUCGUUUCGUGACAGGGAAUGGUUUUCAAACGUCGAAGGUUUACCGUUUUCCAAGUCGGAGGCAUCAAUCGGGACAUCCUUCGUGUCGAGCGAGUUUCUUUUUUGGAAAUUUUGUACACAGUAGUGUAUUUAAAUGUAUUUUAUAUGAGGAAAAAGUGCCCCUUCGGUGCAAAUGUUGUUCACUGUUGGGUUAAUAGUAAAACAAGUCUCAGUAUAAGCCUAAAUAUCUUUUUUUAUAUAUAUACACAAUAUUGUACAAUGCAGUUUAGUUGGCUUCCUUGUAGAACUUGUUUAUUUUGUGCUGGCUUUUCUCAGCCCUGUAUAUUAUUAUAUUAUAUAUAAACAUUUACUGCUUUAGUUUGCUGUGCUGUUUUAAGCAGAGAUGGGGUUUCCUCCUCGUAUUGGGUUUUGUAGAAAGUGUUUUGAAAGCACAACAUUAUCAAUAAAUUACUUCUACAGUGGAA